CACCAGCCCAGCUCGCCCCCCCUGCGCCCGGGCGGGCCCUCGGCCCCCCGACAUGUGUGCGUCUGGGAGCGGGCCCCUCCACCCAGCCGGUCCUCCAGGGUGCCGCGGUCGCGGCGGCAGAUCCUGCCGGGCACCGCCCCCCCGCCACCCCCGUCGGGCUUUGAGGAGGGGCCCCCCUCCUCGCAGUACCCCUGGGCGAUCGUGUGGGGCCCCACCGUGUCCCGGGAGGACGGGGGAGACCCUAACUCUGUCAAUCCCGGGUUUCUGCCCCUGGACUAUGGCUUCGUCGCCCCCCACGGGCUGGCCACCCCGCACCCAAACCCAGACUCCAUGCGGGACGACGGCGACGGCCUGACUGGAGAAACCCCCGCCACCCUGAGACCGUUCCUGUUUGGGGGGCGUGGCGAAGGGGUGGACCCGCAGCUGUACGUCACCAUCACCAUCUCCAUCAUCAUCGUGCUGGUGGCCACGGGCAUCAUCUUCAAGUUCUGCUGGGAUCGCAGCCAGAAGAGGCGGCGGCCGUCGGGGCAGCAGGGCGCGCUGCGGCAGGAGGAGAGCCAGCAGCCGCUGACCGACCUGUCCCCCGCGGGGGUCACCGUGCUGGGGGCCUUCGGGGACUCGCCGCCCCCACCCCCCGACCGCGACGAGCCUCGAGGGGGCCCCCGGCCCGGGGGGCCCCAGCCCAAGGGGGUUCCGGCCUUCCAGUUGAACCGGAUCCCCCUGGUGAACCUGUGACGCUACCCCCCUCCUCCAUGUUGGGGUGCCACCCAGCAGGUCGUUGGGGGGCGCGCGGUGUAGCUGCCAUCCCGACUGAGGGGCGGGCGUAGCCGUGGGGGUGAGGGGGGCUCCUGGUCCCUGCCCCCCCCUGGGGGGGCACCGCACCCCAGCACACGCACGGGCCUCAGGGGGGCCGGCCUUGCCCCCCCACCCCUGUAAUCGGGGAGAGGGGGGCGGGUGACACACUUGUGACGUGGGGGGGGCCCCUCCCUCUCUUGCACACUUCACACCGGAGCCUCUGACGUUCACCCCGGGCGACCCUGACUGUCCUCCUGUGCCCGCCUCCCAGCCCCCUGAGCGCGCGUGCGCGAGCCCCCCCCCCCCCCCCGCGGGUCCCCCGGUCUCCUUCCCGCGGCCUCUCUGCAUGCUGCCCCGCGGGUGGGCGGGAGGUCGGCGGGGGUGGGGGGUGGGGUGGGGGGUCUCCCCGCGCCCUCCUCCCCUGUCCUGGGUGACCCCCACCCCAUCCCGCACCCAGUUCAUGCCAUGGGUCACCCGCCGCCCCGCCCACCCCCUGGGGUGCCAGCAUUGGGGCUUGGGGGGGGUCGUGGAGGGCCCCCUCCCCCCGUGACCAGGCUCUGGUGUCUGAGAGAGGUGGGGGGGGAGUCACCCUCCAUCAUGACAAGGGGACCCCCCCACUUGUCCUUCCCUUCCUGGCUCCCAGGCCCCCCCCUUGUCUUGUCUUGUCCGUCUGUCUGUGUGUCCGUGUGUCCCGCCCCGCCCGAGCCGGGCCUCCCUAGCUCCGUCUGGGCUGCCGGGGAUGGGGGGCUGGUUCGAGGCCUCGCGGGGGAGGGCCCCCUCCUUCCCGUCUCCCCCCCCCCGUGCUGUGAUAUAUAUUUUUGUAUUCUCUCUUCUUCUUGUGGUGACAACCUUGGAUUCUUGUGGAUGUUAAGUUUCGGGAAUUUUCAAAUAAAGCCUUUGCAAGAUA